UUCAGUUAACGAAAUAUUCAAAUGAAUAAAACGAAGGUUGGAUUCGUUUUGGGGAUCAUUGUAACACUUUUGUGGUGUCUGAAUUACGUAGUUAGGAGAAAUUUUCUGCAAUCUGAACAGUUGAGUUCAGCGCUUCCAACACAAAGUAUGAAAUCAUUCGUCACAAAUUCAUCGAGAAUUCCAACUAAUUGGAGUCAGAAGAAGAAAGAACGAAACAGCGAUAUAUUUCAUCACAAAUGGAAAGGAAUGAGAACAAACUGACUCUGGGCUUUACUGAGAAGUAUCUCGAGAAUCUAUACGAUAAUAAGAAGAGAGAGUCUGGUAUCAAGAAAAAAUUAAUUGUGAACUAUGGUAGAAUUCAGAUAACUACCAUUAGUAACUUCUCUUCAUGUCAUGCCUGUGAAUGUGAACUGACAUUUGAUAGAUCCAAAUGGCAAGAGUCUGAUAUUGUCAUCUUAACAGACCAGACCUAUCCUCAUGGAGAAAGGCGACCGAAUCAAUUAUGGUUCAUUUUUGUACAUGAGUCUCCUCUUCAUGUGAGUAUCGCCGAUUACUUGGGCAACAAAGUAAACUACACAAUCACCUUCCGAACGGAUUCCUCAGUCUACCUUCCGUAUCAUAAUUAUAAGCCAAUCGAUCCAACUCAUGGUCCGGAUACAAGAUAUCCACUUCCUUCUCGUAAUUAUGCUACUGGGAAGACUAAAAUGGCUGCAUGGUUUGUGACUAAUUGUUUUGCUAAAAGUCCAAGAAAUCAAUAUGUGCAGGAGCUGUCAAAGCAUUUAAAGAAUUCAUUAACAUUAACAUUCAGUAUUUCAAAAAGUACAAAUUCCACCGAUAGUUCUCCGUCUUCUCCUUCAAGAACCAGUAAAAUACAAUCACAAAAAGAACAAAUAAGUCCAGGUCAAUUUCCAGAUGCUUUGAUGAAUACUGAUCAUUUUCAUCGUAAACACUUAAAUCCACUUAAUAAUCCUGUGCUUCAUGUUUUGGCUUUGAAAAAUUCAAAUAAUUUUAAUAAAAAUCAACUUCCAGACUAUGCACGUAAAGAAUUAAAGAAAUUAAAAGAAAAGUUAAAAGAAAAUCAUCACAAAUCUGUCAACAAUAUUGUACAUUCGCAUAGUCUUGAAGCCUUGGCUACUAGUCUUUCUGGUAGUUCAUUACCAUCAGUCAAAGUAAAACAAUCUAAUGUGAAUAAUUCUCCGCGAAAAUAUCAUCCAGUCAAAUCAAAGUCUCCUGGUGUUGAUAUUAAAUUUAAUGAUGAAUCGUCUAAAUCAUUAGGCGAAGUUAAACCAAAAUUAUCAACACAUGAACCGACAAAAAAGUUGACUUCAAAGAAAAAAAAUCAUUCGAUUGGUGAAGGUGAAACUAAAGUUUCAAUGUUACGUCAAGUUGAACUUGUACAUUCCGACGAUGAUGAUGAUGAUGAUGAUGAUGAUGACGAUGCAACAACAAUCGAUGAUGAAGCCUACGAUGAAGAUGAUUUACCUGGUGAACGGAAGAAAACUGAUAUCUUACGAAGUAAUGUUAGUGAAAGUGGUGAAAUUCCCCUUGGUAGUUUGCGACUAGAUCAUACAUAUUCAUCAACAACAUACAACAAUCCAAGAGAUGAUAUAAAUAUAGCACGUGAAAUAGUUUCCAAAGUGCUUCGUGAUACAAUUGACCUUGGUGAACGUUCUGGAGAGGAUUCAUCUACUAAUUAG